AUGUCUAGAUACGGUCGGUACGGAGAAACAAAGGUUUAUGUGGGUAACCUUGGUACUGGGGCAGGUAAAGGAGAGCUAGAGCGGGCGUUUGGUUAUUAUGGGCCAUUGAGAACAGUGUGGAUUGCUAGGAACCCUCCUGGGUUUGCCUUUGUAGAGUUCGAAGAUCCUAGAGAUGCUGAGGAUGCUGUCCGUGGCCUUGAUGGCAAAAUAAUUUGUGGUUCGCGAGUGCGUGUUGAGUUGUCAACAGGGAUGCCGCGCCGUUCUCGCUACGACAGGCCACCCACUCGUCGGCCCUUUGACCCUAACGACCGCUGCUAUGAGUGCGGUGAAAAAGGGCAUUAUGCCUACGACUGUCACCGCUACAGCCGUCGACGCCGGAGCAGGUCCAGGUCACGAUCUCACUCCCGGUCACGUGGAAGGAGGUACUCCCGUUCCCGAUCCCGCAGCCGCAGCCGGGGCAGAAGGUCGCGGUCCUUCUCCCCUCGACGUUCUCGUUCUGCUUCUCCAAGGAGGUCUAGAUCAAGAUCCAGAUCUCGGUCUCGGUCAGUGUCUCGACCAAGGAGCAGAUCUGGUUCGGUGGGCAGAUCAAAAUCAGGCUCUCCAGCCGGGAGCCGCUCACCCUCUCACAGUCCUGGCAGAAGUGAAAGCUCUGGUCGAGAUGACUGAAUGAUUACCUCGCCCUUCU